GUCAGGACACACUUGCGCCGCCUCAGUUAUACCUCAACUAACUUUAGCAGACUGAAAUAUAACGUCACACCAGAUGUGUUUCUCAGACUUUACAUUGUCCAUUUGGAAGAUACUUUUUCUUUUACUGGAACUGUGAUAUUAAGUUGAAUAAACGAGGAAUUUCUUGGUUCGCUCGAAGUUUUGAAAUUAGCUACUUUCUGGUAGUGAAAGAAGGAGAGUUUCACUCGAGUUUUUACAGUUGUCAGUUUUUGUAAAUCAUGUUUUGUGAAGGAAACCGCAUGUCAGAUGUAAGGAUAGGGGAGGCCUUGAUCAAAGAGGUCAUACAGGAGGAACUGAAGGAUUUUCCCUCUGAGGAAAUCCCACCCCUCACCCAACUGGCUAUAGACGGGAAGACUGUACAGGAGGAGCAGAAGCUGGUGUACCAGCUGGCAUUAUUGACCCGCAAAAUUGGGGACGGACUCAACGCUGAGUAUCAGGAUUUGAUCGAUGGUGUGGCUCGUUGCCCUGGUUCUAAGUGGGAGAGAUUUAAGGAAGUGGCAGACGUAGUGUUCAAAGAUGGUAUCAACUGGGGGAGGAUCGUUAUGCUCUUCUAUGUUGCUGGGAAGCUGGCUGUUAAGAUGGUUGAGGUUCAUCUCCCUCAGUCAGUGAGGGACGUCCUUAAAUGGACUUUGGAUUUCUUCAAAAACAAUCUACUGGGCUGGAUUGUGGAACAUGGAGGAUGGAUCAGCAGCUUCUCUGAGCUGGCAGUGGCGUCUGUGCAAAGCGUGUCAUCAGUGAACUCCAUCACCUGCGGCCUUGUCCUCUUCGCUGCCGGCCUGGCUAUUGGAAGUGUCAUCACUUGGAAACUGACUAGACAACUCUGAGGGAGAUAGAAGCUCAUGCUCAAACUCCAGACCUGUAUCACAAUCAUGGAACUUACUAAUUUGGUGGUGUUUUUUUUGUUUUUUUGAGUUGUCAUGACUCAUGAGUUGAUUUGACUAUGCAUAAGGAACCAAAAACCUGUCUACUUGAAUGAAUUACUAAUUGAGGAAUAUGUAUUAUUAUUAUUAUUAUUAUUAUUAUUAGAUGUGAAAUGUGGGAUAUAUUUGCUAGAGUGGGUAAAGAUUUUUUUUUCUUUAAAAAAACCGAUAUGAAGAUGUCUGUUUGUGACAGCUUUGUUGAUUUAGAAAAGAUGUUAGAGAGCUUUUUGACUGUUUUACUUGCAGUGCUGCACUUGUUCUUCGCGGUACAUGUGGUGGUCAGAUGCAGAUUUGAAGGUGCCUUGUUUUUGUUGUGGAGGCUGUUACGGGUCAUUUUAAACCUGGUCACCACAAUCACGGCAUUAUCAUGUUCUGUAUGUGGUGAAUCUUGCUGAUCAAAGUAAUCUGUCAGCAGCAGCAGUGUCUUUUCUUAUUCAUUUUAACAUGACUUGUUCAAAGGUUUGAGGGCUGGUUUAAACCUGCUUGUUACUUUUUUAUUAUGAGAACACAGUCAAAUGAGUACAAAAAUGUAAUGUUCUGUAUUAGUGUAAUAAUUAAGAAAACAUAAAUCACAAACUUUUUAUUUGUUAAUUUUGAUGAUGAAAUCAAAUCGUUGGAAAUGAACCCUAAAAGUGGAAGUAUAAGACAUAUGCAUCAUCAAAGCAUAGAUUAUUAAUUGAUGAAAUCUGGAUUCUUUUUUAAUAAGGCACAGAAUCAAAUGUUUACAUGUACAUUAUGAUACAACUGGUAUUAAAGAAGCAUUUUGUAUGUAAGUAA